GCGAAAGCUAGAUUCAUGUUUUGAACUCUUCAUUGGUUUAAGCCUAAAGCUCCAUUUUUGCUUUCAUUUAUCUAACAAAAUGUUCUGCACUAAGGACAAGCCACGCGAUGUAAAAGGUUCAUACAGAGGUUUGAACAGUCAAGGAGCAACCUCCUAUUUGAAUGCAAUCUUACAGGUGCUCUUCAUGACCAGAUCAUUCAGAGAGAGAGUGAUGGGAGCUUCCAGUGACACAAAUGAGAAUUUAGUGUCAGCAUUAAAGAAAAUAUUCCAAGAGCUCAGCAAUCAGUACAGUGGUGCUCCGAGUGUCUCGACUCGUGGAAUAAUCACUUCUCUUGGUAUACAGAAUGUAAAUGAGCAGCAGGAUGCUGUGGAGUACUUCCAAGAUAUCCUAGAGAAAGUAGAUUCUACUUUGGCCGAGGACUUUAGUGGAACUCUGAGGAACAUCAGAAAGUGUUCACAUCAUCACGUGUCCCAUGAUGACAGCCCAUUCAAGUCACUACAGAUUCCUGUUAUCACAAGAGAUGGACAGUUCAAACUUGAAGAUGGACUUAAUAAAUAUUUUGAGUCUACUAUAUUAGAUGAAGAUGCCCAGAUGUACUGUAAUGAUUGUGACGAGAAGAGGGAUACGACACUGAGUAUUGAAAUACACGAGUAUCCAGAAAUACUGCCUUUGCACCUUAAAAGAUUCGAGUAUGACUAUAGAGUUCGUGGGUUUGUGAAAAAUGAUUGCCCCAUGGAUGUGCCGCUUCAUUUAUCUCUUCAGGGGCACAAGUAUUCGCUCUAUGCUGUGAUCAAUCAUACGGGUACACGUUUUAGAGGUCACUACACUGCUGUCAUCCGAUCUUUUACAGAUAACAAGUGGUACCAUUUUAAUGACAGUCGUGUCACACUGACUGAUGAGAGUGAACUGAAAAGGUCUGGGGAAGCUUACUUGCUCUUGUACCAGAAAAAGACUGAUUCUUUUGAAGGCAGUGAGCCUGUGUCACCUCUGCCGGAACCUGCUGCCGGUCCUUCAACAUCUGCUGCUGUACUCACAGCACCACCAGGAAGAAGAGUUCAGAGAAGGGUAAGCGAGCAGCCAUCAGAGGUGGAGCGGCAGCUCAUAGAAGCACUCCGGACCCGUCCUGUAGCUCCAGCGCCGCCUCCACGCUCAGAGGAUGAGCUUUUCCUCUUGAGUCUGGUCCCUUCCCUGCAGAGGUUGCCACCUCAGACGAAAGAAUUCGUCAAAUUUCAAAUACACAAAUUAAUUUAUGAAAGCAGCACAGUUGUGCUUAAUUUGGAACAAGUGGAGCCUACUGAGUAGUUUUAAAGGAAUAGUCCACUCUUAAAUACACUUUUCCUGAUAAAUGUACU